UGUGAGCGUAUCACCUGUCAAACGUAUAAGUAAUCAUAACGUGUCUUUCCAGUAGAAUAUGACGAAAUAUGUUACAUGAUUAUUUUUUUUCUCAUUACUGUAGUCCCAAGCAUAGAGUAUCCGGUUAUGUAUUAUUUUGAAAGCUCCUGCCGGAAUCCAAGUGUUUUCUGCAAGUAAGCGUGACACCUGUCUGCACGCAGUGGCACCGGCCAGUGCGGAAGGUUCGGGGAGACAAACCGGAUUAGGGCACCUCUACCUGGGGCAGAAAAGUGCUUCCCUUGAACCUGAAGGAGACACCGGGGGCUCCUCAAGCUUGACGCCAGCGAGCGGCGCGCGCCUACGGUGUGGAAGGAAGGAGGGUGCUGGCGGUGCCACAACACGGAGCACCUGGAUGAGCGGCGAGUACCGGGAGCACCGCGGGGACGAAACGCUCUUUUUCUCGGAUGCCUCAACGGUGAAGCAAGCGUGCACCAAGAGGGGUUGCUUUAUGGAAGAUUGUGGUCCUCUUCGGCCCGUCGUCGUGCACUUGUGUCCGGGAUGGGGAAGGAGCAGGAGCUGCUGGAGGCCGCCCGCACUGGGAACGUGGCCGUGGUGGAGAAGCUGCUGAGCGGCAAGAGAGGCAUCCUGGGCUCGGGCUCGGGUUCCAUUCCGCUGCCCAACCUACUGAGCAUGUGGAAGGGCCUCAACGUCAACUGCACUGACAGCUCAGGAUACACACCGCUGCACCACGCCGCUCUCAACGGACACAGGGAGGUGGUGCUGAAGCUGCUCCAGUUCGAGGCGUCCACCAAUGUGGCGGACAGCAAGGGCUGCUUCCCGCUGCACCUGGCCGCUUGGCGGGGCGACGUGGACAUCGUGCGCAUCCUCAUCCACCACAGGCCCUCGCACUGCCUCGUCAACCAGCAGAACCUCGAGCGGGACACGGCGCUGCACUGCGCCGCCCAGUACGGCCACUCGGAGGUGGUGUCGGUGCUGCUGCAGGAGCUGACGGACCCCACCAUGAGGAACAGCCGGCAUGAGACGCCUCUGGACCUGGCGGCGCUGUACGGACGCCUGCAGGUGGUCUGCAUGUUGGUGAGCGCUCACCCCAACCUCAUGAGCGUGCACGGGCGGCAACACACGCCGCUGCACCUGGCCGCUCGCAACGGACACCACAGCACCGUGGUCACGCUGCUGGAGGCCGGCAUGGACGUCAACUGUGUGACGGAGAAUGGCAGCGCCCUCCACGAGGCCACUCUCUUUGGGAAAACGGACGUCGUUCGCCUUCUGCUCGACUCAGGGAUUGACACUAAUCUGAGAGAUAGUCAGAGGAGAACGGCUCUGGAGAUCCUGAGAGAGCAUCCUGCUCCCAAAUCCCAGCAGAUCACUGCUCUUAUCCAAGAAUAUGUGACGGACGAGAUGGAGAGACGCAGCAUUGUGGAGGAGCCGGUCCGCAAAUGUCCCAUCCCCGCACCCAGAGCCUCCAUCUCCUCGCCCUCGGCCUCCCCUUCCCUCAAACACAAGAACGACGCUGUGACAAGUGAGCUGUCCAAGCUGCUCCAUGAGAUCAAAAAGUGUCGGGACAGAGACUACUCCUUCGAAGAGCUCUGCCACACCAUCUCCUCACACUCCAUGGACAGCUUUGGCAGCGGGCGGCUCUCGGACGACGAGCGUCUGGACGCCGCGCCCAACGGCACCUUGACACGUGUCACUGAGACCCCGCCCUUCCAGGAAGAGGAAGAUGAGUCCGACAGGAGUUGCGGCCCGGCCGGAUUCUGGGAAGCGUUGACGCCCUGCAACGGCUGCCACAACCUGGGCUUCUCGAACUUGUCGCAGGACGCCAAGCGCUCGGCGGAGGUGGUCGCAUCUCCCUCGCUGGACGUCUUCCUCCCCGACGACGAGGACAACCCUUACGAGUCGGUCACCACCGCCGUCACCCGCAAACCCUGCUCGUUGGACAUCAGCCACGCCUGUCCACGCAACGGUCACUUGUCCCAUGGAGCGGGAGCCCAUGAGGGGGAGCACGGUAACCAUGGAAACCACUCAACGGGCCCCACUCCAGACUGCUCGCCCCCCUCCCCCGACACGGCCCUGAAGAACAUUGAAAGAGUCAUCCGCCCACAGCCCAAACAGCGCACCUCCCUGUCCUCCUCACUGGACGUCCAGCGGACCGUCAAUCACAGCUGCGAGCCCAGCGAGGUGAGCUCGUCCCUGGGGUAUGCCAGCUUCAGCACCAGUCCCCCGGCCAGCCCCCCCUUCAGCCCCAACCAGGACCAGGACCAGGACCAGGACUCGGCCGGGUCCAACGACGACUGUCCCCUCGCAGACGACGCUCCCUACCCUCACGUGUCCCCCAACGCUGCGAUAGACGACCGCAGAAAGAGCCGCGUUCCGGAAGAAUUUGUGGGCCUCCUCCACGGAUCCUCCCCAGCCUGCGAGACCCCCGACACGCCUUACCACCUUUAUAGCCCCAAACCUAACAAACACCUGCAGGCGCCUGAAUUCAGCAACGUGAUCACAGGAGCUCCGUCGUCGUCGUCGUCAUCAACAACCCAGAGGACCUCCGCUAGCCCCCAGAAACCUCGAGUGGUCUAUCGGACUGUGUUCCACACUAGGGUCAACCAGGACCAAACCAGGCCGGGACCGGUGGACUGUUUCACGCUAGCCGGCUCCUUUCCAUCUGGCGCUAACGGCGAGCUACCGCAGUGCGGAGGGAACGUCCCCAAGGGUGGUGCAUCGGGCCCCGGCUACGAGGAAAGGGCCUGCACUCUGGGGAGGAUGAGGUCCAUGCCCCGCAGCGUGCUGGACCUGCAGCUGUCCAAAUCCUUGUCCAAGUCUGACUCCAACCUGGUUGCCGUGUCUCCCAUUCAGGAGGAGAACAUUUGUUGUUCCGGAUCUCGCGGUCAAGAUUCCGGCGGUGGCGGCACCAUUUCGACGGGAAAGCUGGAAAGAACGCCCUCCUUCACGGCCGAGUGGGAGGAGAUCGACAAAAUUAUGAGCUCCAUCGGGGCGGGGAUCGGCAGCGGAAUGGACGCGAAGGCGGUCGCUACAGGUCCCCGCUGCCCGCUGCAGUCCGUGGGCCAGUGGCUCGACUCCAUCGGCUUGGUCCAGUACGAGAACCACCUGCUGGCCAACGGCUUUGACAACGUCCAGUUCAUGGGCAGCAAUGUGGUGGAGGACCAGGACCUGCUGGAGAUUGGCAUCCUCAACUCGGCACACAGACAGCGCCUCCUGCAGGCCAUACGGCUGCUGCCCAGGGUGAGGCCGGUUGGCUACGAUGGCAACAACCCAACGUCGGUGGCCGAGUGGCUGGAGUCUCUGGAACUGGGCGACUACACCAAGUCCUUCCUCGUCAACGGCUACACGUCCAUGGAGCUGGUCAAGAAGAUCUGGGAGAUCGAGCUCAUCAACGUUCUGAAGAUUAGUCUCAUCGGCCACAGGAAGCGGAUCUUAGCCUCGUUGGGCGACCGGCUACUCGAGGACACGCCCCAGAAACCUCCGCGGGCCAUCUCCCUACGGGAGCCCGGCGGGAACCACACGCCCCCCCAGCUCAGCCCGGCGGUGUGCCCGGCAGCGUACACGGCGGGCAUCCCCGGCGGAUCGCUGGACGUGCAGCACCUCAUCAUGCAGGCGGAUGCGCGGCGCCGACAACGCAGCAACGACAACUACUUUGACGACGUGCCGCGGUCCAAACUGGAGCGGCAAAUGGCCCAAGUCAGCAUGGCAGGCGAGUGGUGCGAGCCAAUAACGUUGCGGCCACCAAACGAGGCCACCUCAUCCACGCCGGUGCAGUACUGGCAGCACCACCCCGAAAAACUCAUCUUUCAGUCGUGCGACUACGAAGCCUACUAUUUGGGCUCCAUGCUGGUGAAGGAGCUGAGAGGCACCGAGUCUACGCAUGACGCUUGUGCCAAGAUGAGGAAGUCGACGGAACAGAUGAAGAAAGUGCCGACCAUAAUCCUGUCCGUGUCCUACAAGGGAGUCAAGUUCAUCGACGCCACUAAUAAGAACAUCAUCGCAGAGCACGAGAUCCGCAACAUCUCGUGCGCGGCCCAGGACCCCGAGGACCUGUCCACCUUUGCCUACAUCACCAAAGACCUCAAGUCCAGUCACCACUAUUGCCACGUCUUCACCGCCUUCGACGUGAACUUGGCGUACGAGAUCAUCCUGACGCUGGGCCAGGCCUUCGAGGUGGCCUACCAGCUGGCCCUGCAGGCGCGGAAGAGUGGCCACGGCUCGUCCACGCUGCCCGAGAGCUUCGACGGAAAGCCCGGCAAACCCGUGCCCAAGCCUCGCGUCAACAUCCGCAAAUCCGUCAUCAUGCCCCCCUCCAGCCGCUGGUCACUGGGCCACAUUUACACCCCCCACCGGCCUCCUCUCCACCCUCCACUUCCUCCCUCCCGACUCUUCCAUCUUCCUCACAAAGCUCAGUCGCAGAUGGAGCAGGCGUCCAUGGAGCAGAAGGGCCACGCCAACGUGCCGUGGAUAGUGGAGCCGGCUCAGGAGGCCAAGAGAGGAGUCAACACCAAGGCAGUGGCGGACGCUCAUGUCUUUUACUGCGGAAAUCAAAGAAUGUAGCCAGCCGUAAACACGGACCUUGUCGCACGUAGAAUACAAAACAGGACGCUCUUGCACACUUUUGAAAGGACUACAAACAUGGACGCCAUCCCCCUCGCCCCACUUCCCCAAUCCCUGUGUUUAAGGUUGACUACACAUCGUUCCCAUCAUGCACUGAGGCUUGACGCACUGGACCAACACACACACACACACACACACACACACACACACACACACACACACACAAACUGCAUGGCGACAGACCGUCCACUCUGAAUGUUUGAACGCAGCCCCCGACCUUUGAACUUUUGGGAGGUCUACACAGAGAUGGACAGCGGGCACGUGUCAAUGUUGCUUAUUUUUUCUUCCUUUUUUUUCUUUUUUUAAUUACACUUGAAGGUGAGAAGUUUAAAAACGAUCUUCUGGUAUGGGCCGACAUUUCAAUGUUUAACAUGAGAGUAUUAUUAUAUGACCAUGAUGAUAUCUUGUGCAAUUCUUGUCUACUGUUGUCUCAAUGUUACAUUAUUUUUCUAUGCGCUUGAGACCGGCGGCCCCUUUAAAAAGAAGCGCGAAUGUGUCGACCCUUCAUCACUUCUCAAGGGGCUCUUCUCUCGCAGACGGACUAUUUUUCAAAGGUAGUGUCGCUCUAUUAUUUGGAUCGGAGGCUAUCCGCGUAUAAAAUGUACAUAGAUAUUUUGCCAACUCAUUGUUCAUACCUGUAAUGUAAGAGAUGGACAGAAUAAUAAAGGACUUGCAGUAUGUGGCACUGGAAAGGAGCUACCAAAAUAAAGAGUUUGAAAAGUGGUAGAUUCUGUAGAGAUGUAUUUGGCGUGAUAUCACUGCUGACCAACUCAUGUAAAUAGGCUUGGGCUUCCAGCACGCUGAUUUUUUGUAAUUUUUGCCAUUAUUUAUAACCCUGUAAAGCACAUGGAAUAAAAUAUGACUUGUACAACCAUGA